AUGUUCUCCUCCCCGCGACGAUGGAUCUUCAUCGUCUCGCCACUCAUUACUCUAACUUUGGUCUACUACCUUUUCCUCUCACCACAUACCAACCCGAUCACAUUAAAUCUCCAAGGACAAUGGACACAAUCCGAACAAGAACCCAUGAUCCUCGAGGGGACACGCCCUCUUUCACAAGCCGAGAAACAGCACCAGCAACAAAUCUCAGAUGAUUCAUUCGAGGACGACCGAUGUGGGAAGUUGCGCAAGGACAUGGAUGAUGUCUUUGUCGUCUUGAAGACCGGCGCCACUGAAGCCCGCGAAAAGGUCCCCGUACAAUUGCGCACGACUCUUCAAUGUGUCCCGCAUUACGCCGUUUUCUCCGACUAUGAGGAGACCAUCAGCGGCGUACGUGUCUACGACGUCUUGCAAAACGUCACCGAAUCCACCAUGAAAGAGGCACCCGAAUUCGAAAUCUACCACCGCCUACAGGAAGUCGGUCCCGAGGGCCUGACAGAUGAAGAAAUGGGCGAUGACUCGAACGGUCCGUUCGGCAAAACCAACAACCCAGGCUGGAAACUCGACAAGUGGAAGUUCCUCCCCAUGAUUGCCGAAGCGCUGGAAGUGCAACCCAACGCCAAAUGGUACAUUUUCAUGGAAGCCGACACCUACAUGGUCUGGCCGAACCUGGUAAACUGGCUCGGCCACCUAGAUCACCGUCAGAACUACUACCUCGGCAGCCCCAUGCAAAUCGGCGACGUUCUCUUCGGAUACGGCGGGGCAGGCAUCAUCCUCUCCAGCCGAACGAUGUAUCACCUGCAUAACUACCGCGCCAAGCACCAACAAGAACUGGAGCAUAUGACAAGUCAAGAAUGGGCCGGAGACUGCGCACUAGCUCAAGCCCUGAAAGACGUCCACGUCGAACUCACCUGGGCCUGGCCCAUGAUGAUGACCUCCCGACCCCACGAGAUCGAUCAUUUCUCCGAGGCAUACGGCCGCCAACCAUGGUGCUACCCCGCCGUGUCAUACCACCACAUGAGUCCUCGCGAUAUCGAAGAAAUGUGGCGGUUUGACCGGGGCUGGUUCAAGAGUGGUAAAAAUGCACUCUUGCUGCAUGGCGAUGUCUAUCGCGAACUCGUUCAUAAUGGAUCUCUUGCUGAGCGGCCGGAUUGGGAUAAUCUGUCACCGGCUAUUAUUGAUUUUGAUCCUCCGACUGAACCGUCGACGGAGGCUUGUGCCGAUGCGUGUUCGCAGAAUUCGGAGUGCUUGCAGUUCUCGUUUAAUCAUGAGAUGCAGUCUUGUAAACAUGCUUCGACGACGUUUGGUGGUGUUGCCACGAAUGGUACGGACUCGGGCUGGAUGACGCAUCGUGUUCAGCGAUUGUUGAAUAACUUUCAAUCAUCUUGUCCGGAGGUACAAUACAUUCUUGAAUGA